AUAGAUUGAUUUAGCAAAUAAGCCUUUGAAAGUUCCCGGGCUCUCUAGAUCUACGCGCAUGCUCAUAAAUAUUUGGCGGGUAACAAAGUAACAACAUGGCCGAAGAGAAGAAGGGAGUUGCUAUCUUGUCUCCCUCGGAAAGGCUCUUCGUGGAAGGAUGGGAAUUUAUGCAGACAUUAGGAGAGGGAGCGUAUGGAGAAGUCAAGCUGGCUGUACAUAAAGAGUCCAAGGAAUGUGUGGCUGUUAAAAUAAUGCACUUGGAUGGAGAUAACGCGUUGACUCUUGACUGCCUUAAAAAAGAAAUAUGUAUAAUGAAGAUGCUGAGACAUGAUAAUGUAGUGAGGUUCUUUGGGGAGAGAGCCUGUGGUAAGAUACACUACCUCUUCUUAGAAUAUGUGGAUGGAGGAGAACUCUUUGAUAGGAUUGAGCCUGAUCAUGGCAUGGAGCCAGGCUUAGCUCAGCAUUUUUUCCUCCAACUUCUUCAAGGAUUGGAGUAUCUUCAUUCACGAGGAGUAGCUCAUCGUGACAUAAAACCUGAAAAUAUACUAUUGGAUGGAUAUGAUGUUUUGAAGAUUUCAGAUUUCGGAUUAUCAACAGUUUUCAGACACUUGGGACGUGAAAGAAAACUAACAAGAUGCUGUGGUACUCCUCCAUACAUAGCACCUGAGGUUUAUUCAGGAGCUGAGUAUUAUGCUGAGCCAGCUGAUUUAUGGUCUUGUGGUAUUGUGUUGGUAGCUUUGUUAUCUGGAGAGCUACCCUGGGACUCUCCCUCCUACGAGUGUCCAGAGUAUCGUGAGUGGUGCUCACAGAACUGCUUCUUCACUCCUUGGUCAAAGAUCAGUAACGAGCCACUAGCACUUUUGAAGAAGUUACUUAGACCUGGUCCUUCCAAACGAUACACAAUAGCAAAGAUAAGAGACCACGUGUGGUGUAAGAAAGUGUAUGAGAUAAUGUCACCAUCCAAUGAAGCUCUAGCCAUGGUUUCACCAACUCAUCGUGCUUCAAAGAGAAUUAAAGUUGUGAGUUCACCAAGAUACUCAGAGAGACCAGAAAGCACUGUCACAGCUUCUCAACCUGUUAGUGGUGAUGCCUCUAGUGCUGCUGAUGUGAAUGAGACACUAGAGAGCAGUCAUUCUGUGGUUGAGAGUUUCACUCAACCAUCACGCUUUGAUGAGCUAAUUAUCGGAACACAAAUACCUUGUACUCCUGGGGCUUCUCAAACAUCAUUCCAGCGUCUUGCAUUAAGAAUGACUCGUUUCUAUACAAAGCUAGACAGUGCUAAAGUUUGGAAUAGACUAAGACAAGCAAUGAAGACACUGGGAUAUGAUUCCAAACCUGGACAAGAUGAGUCAAGUUUAACUGUUAGUGCUGUUGAUAAGAGGAAGCAGAGUCUUGUGUUCAAGGCAGUAAUAUAUGAGCUCAGGUCAGACCUACUGCUAGUGGAGUUCAGACGAUCAAAGGGUGAUGGUAUAGAGUUUAAGAAGAUUUUUAAGAAAAUCAAAGAUCUCUUAUCAGACAUUAUGUGCAAGCCACCAUCAAUACAGUAAAUCAGUAUUAAUAUUUAGAGUCCAUCAAAUUUAAUCAUUCUGACAUUAAUUUUUUGAUUUGUUAGUAAUGGUGAUUUUAUUUAUUCUCCUCUCCUUUACUUAAUUCUGACAUGAAAAAUUUUUAUUUGUGUUUAUAUUAUCUUUCUAUGAUUAUCCAUUGAUGAUUUCUGAAUUAACAAACCUUAUCAAUUGCAAA